AUGCUCGUCGUCGCCAUCUUCACGCUUUCCGCCCUGGCCUCUGCGGCGACGGCGUCUGACCCGGUCCCGCUCAGGUCGCUCACCCGAGACUGCCGGUUCACGAUCGGCCGCUUGACAUUCGAUCUGUGUCCGCUGUUCAAGAGCGCGCAAGCGCGGAAGAAGACGAUCGAGUUUGAGAGGCAGACCCCUCCGACCGUGACGAAGGUCGUAUAUGACUUGAGCCUGGAUGGACCGCUGAAGAGGGACACCACAUUGCCUGAGCAUGAACAGUGUGCUCAAGGGACUUGGUUCUGCAUGACAACUAUUAACCGUCGCCCAGACCAUCGCUCUGAGGCACCCAGAAUUCUUCAAUUGGUGCCAGUAGUUGCCAAUUUCUCCGAAAAAGAUGCAUCGUCCGCAGCGCCUGCAAGCCGCUUCAGCGUGCACGCGAUGCUGGGCGAGGCGCACGAAAAGUCCCCUCGUGCGUACUACACGCUGUCCGCACUCUGUGCCCAUGCCCUAAACGCAUCGCUCGCAAACGACCCUUACUGA